CUAGUUUCGCCGUUCCUUUCACUUUUAAUUGAGUGUUUGAGUCGCAGUCGUCGUGCAGAAGUUAUGAAUGAGUGUUUGACCAGCGCUUUGCAAGAAUAUCAUUGCCGUCGGUUUUCCGCAGGUGUUCCGAUUCGUUUUUUCUCGCCGUCCUUUCGUCCGCUGAGCACAACAAUGAAAACCGCAAUAACGUUAUUGUCUUUCUUCUUCUUCUUGGCCAUGGUGCUCGGGUCGACCGAAUCCUCGAUGUACAUGAAACACGGCCAACACCUGGAACCCGUUUUAGAACCGGUAUCGUCCACGGUCGAAUCCAUCCCUAUAUACAAGCUGUCACGUGGUUUCGAAAUUGGUUCGGUCAAGGAACGCGUCGACAAGAGCACAUUGCUGACCGCGAAAAACAUCAACAAGCUAAAAGAAGACGAAGCACAUAAAGAAGAAAACGCUAAAGUAAAAUCGUUAAUCAGUUAGUUCUAACUUCACUCUACGAUGAAGAUUAUCUAUUGUUAUGAUUUUUGUUAAUUUUCUUUUUUUUUAAGUUGAACAUAUUUUUUAUGCUCGGUUUUACGAAUGUUAUUGAUAUGAUAACAACAAUUAUUUUAAAUAAUACUACAUGUAAUAUUACAAAAGCCAAAUACUAAUUUAAGAUUUUAACUCACUAUCGGAAACAGAAAAUUAUUUCCGACGACUUAAAAUAAAUCUCUAAUUUAUGCAUCGUUCCCUAAUAUGAUUGUCUAAAACCGUUAAUUUUAUGUAAAUAUAAUUAAGUAGUGUUAUACUGUUGAACAAUUAUCACAAUUAUCUCAUUUUUGAUUUUGUAAAUUAGUUCAAUCGUCAUAAUAUAUUAACUAUACGUUAAAUCGAUUUUUAAUAUUCAAAUUGAUUCAUUCUACUCGACUUGAGUCCUGAAAUCAAAUAUACAUUUAUAUUUCCGCAUGUACACGUAUAUUUUUAAAAGUUUACUAUUUACACGAGAUGGCUAUUUAAAAUAGUAUUUUUAGCACUGUUUUUUUUUUUUUGCAAAUUAUAAUUGUAUGUGAAAUAUGUUAUGAGCAAUAAACUACGGGUGUUAAUUAUUUAAUUUGUAACAACAACCCGUGAUUUAUUUUAAAAAACAAUAAUUUAUGCAUUCGAAUGCACUAUGCAAUAACAAAUUUUAUGAACGCAUAAUUUAAUGAAAUACAUUUCAAAACUAUAUUGUUAUUCGUAUACUUAAAAAGGUUUUGUUUAUUUAAUAAUUUGUUAUAAACAUAUAUGCUAAAGUUCAAUGUCUUAAAUCCUUUGUUGAACAAUAUUGAUUAUAUUACUUAUUCUGCAGAUCACAAUAAACACCAUUUACCUAAGCAAUUGAUAUACGAGUUGUAGAUUUGUUGAUAUUUUAGUAGCCACCUUUGUAUUAUUUGAUUUCAUAAAAAAAUAAAUGUAUUGAUUUGCGAGAGAUUUUGAAUAGUUUUGCUAUUUCGAUAUUAGAUACACUUAACAAGUUAAAA